AGUCAUUUCAACACUCAAUCACAUCCAACUUCAAUCUCAUCAAACCCUCCCCAAACAAAAAUGUCACCAAACCCUUACCCCAUCCCACCUCCAUCUUACGCUGAUCCCAUCAACAAAUCAUCAGAUCAAGAACCUUUAUUAUCUCCAAGUAAUCCAUCUAAACAUCAAAACCCUUCAAGUUGGUCAGGUCAUCAAACUUUAAGAAAUUCAAAUUGGAAUCAUGAAGCUCAAGAAUCGGGAUUAUCAGAUGAUUUCUUUAUUGGAGUCACUGUUUCUCAAGCUACUAUUGAGAUUCGAAUGGCAUUUAUUCGAAAAGUCUAUUCGAUUUUAUUCUUACAAAUCGCUGCUACUACUCUAGUCGGAAGUUUGAUGAGAUUAGAUAUCUGUAGAUCAUUCUUAUUAUCUCAUACUUGGACUAUCUUUAUUCCUUUAGUUGGAGCUUUGAUUAGCAUGCUCUUUCUUUAUGUCAAACGUCAUUCGUCACCUGCGAAUUUGAUCUUACUCAGUUUAUUUACUGUCUUAGAAGCUAUGGGAGUGGGUGCAGCUGUGGCGUUUGUUAAUACGAUUGUCGUCUUACAAGCAUUGUGUCUUACUGGAUUAGUCUUUAUUGGUUUGACGGUCUAUACUCUACAAACUAAACGUGAUUUUAGUGGAUGGGCUCCUUACCUUAGUACAGCCCUCAUGGUGAUGUUCUUUUCAUCCUUCAUCACCGUCUUCUUUCCAUACAGUAGUACUAUCGAUAUGAUCUACUCGGGAUUCGGAACGUUACUCUUUUCAGCCUACAUUGUGUUUGAUACUCAAAUGAUGUGUAAACACUUGAGUCCUGAUGAUUGGGUAGUAGCUUGUGUCUCACUCUAUCUCGAUGCUGUGAACUUGUUCCUUAACAUCGUUCGAGUCUUAUCUCAAAUGCAAGAACGUUAGAUCAUUGUUUGUUUCUGACCACAAGAUGAUGUGUUGAAGACUGUUUUUUUCUUCUUUUUUUUCUUAUCAUCAUCAUAUACAAAACCUCAGUAUAAAAAAAACUUAAUUCAAAUUUCAACUUUUUUUGGCUCUUUACUAUUAGGAAGGAUUGAGUUGAUUGUUCAUUACUGCUUAGUCUUCAUCCUUUUGUUAACCGGUAUCAGAGAAAAACAAGACAAAUCGAUUGGUUUGAUCUAUUCUCCUUUUUUUGGUAUUGAUUGAUCUUAUUUACUUCUUUUGUUGUAUCACUCCAUGUUUGAUUUCCAAUAUAUAUGUUUCUUUUGCUGAAGUUGUG